CGGGCGGGGAUCACGAGCGGACCCGGUCCUUUCGCGGAGCUACCCGAGGCCCAGGCGAGCGGGUAUCUUUGUAUCUUCUGAUAUAAACUAGCGCAUGGUUACCACCAGCAUCCGCGUCAUCUGUUGAGCCGCUUCUAACCUUGUUUGAGUCAGUGUCUUCAACAGACGGUAGAGUAAACAGAAAAUGAUGACUGCUGCUGUUACAGAGCCUGUAAUUUUAGCUGUUGGAGAGACUAAAGGAGGGGAUCACCUGAUGCUGGGAGUUCUGAGGACAGCAUGGCUAACACAGCAAGACUCAUCUCAGAAAAGCAACCGAAAGCAGCGUGUCAGCUGUGAAUGAGCCUGGGGCGGUGGGCAGACCUGCAACCCCAGCUCACGGGGAGCAGACCAGGAAGACCCUGAACGGGAGAGACCUUGUGCUGGCCACCACCUCUAAAAUGCAGCCGGGCUAAACAUUUUGAAAUGAGGAAGGUGGAUCUCUGCUCAGUCACUGAAGGGACAGAAGUGAUUCUGGCCACGUCGAGUGAUGAAAAGCACCCACCUGAAAACAUCAUAGAUGGGAAUCCGGAAACCUUUUGGACAACCACAGGCAUGUUUCCCCAGGAGUUCAUUAUUUGUUUUCACAAACACGUAAAGAUUGAAAAGCUUGUGAUACAAAGUUACUUGGUGCGGACUUUGAGGAUUGAAAAGACCACAUCUAAAGAGCCAUUGGAUUUUGAGCAGUGGGUUGAAAAAGAUUUAGUACACACAGAGGGGCAGCUUCAAAAUGAAGAAAUUGUGGCACGAGAUGGCUACGCCACUUUCUUGAGAUUCAUUAUUGUCUCAGCGUUUGAUCAUUUUGCAUCUGUGCAUAGCAUUUCUGCAGAGGGACUAACAGUCUCAAGUCUUCCUUAGUAAUUACAACAAAAUGCUCUGAACUACUUUUAAAAUAUAUUUAUUGAAAUACAAAAGCUAUCUUUGAUAUGUUUGCUAUUAAAUAGAUUUGUAUCA